UUCCAUGCAGGAAGUGAAGUGUGUAGAGAUCCAGGGGACUGAUUACCAAAGAGCAGCUGCUUCUAAUAUUCUUCAUGGACAGCUAUUUGCCAUGCAUCCUUACUGGAUUUAUAUUCUAUGGAUUUGGCUUGAAAUGGUGCUAUGAUUAUGCCAAGUAUUGGGUUUCCUUGAGACCUAGAGAUGUUUCAAACAGUACAAAGGGAUUAAAGUUUGUUGAAAAAUGUGAAAGAUUGUUAAGCAGACACCCAAUAGAGGGAAGUUUGAAAUUAAUAGCAACUGCAAUAGGUUUGGCUGGUACAAUAACUGGUGGUAUGCAACAAGUUGGAACCGUAUCACCAAAAGUUGUACUUGCUACAAUCUAUCUCUUCUUUGCAUUUUCUGGUCUUGUUGAUGUAUUGAAUUUUUAUUUUCCUCACAAUGUGAGCGAAGGAUUGGUUAAACUAGCACUGGCUCAGAGCUUUUUCAUAGAAGGAUUCCUUUUUUUAUGGGGAAGUGUAGGUAAUAACCCAAUAGUCAAUUUAAUUUUGGCAUUUAUAGUAUGGACUACAUCUGUAGCUAUUAUUUUGGAACUUGUGUGGCCAGAAUUAAAGCUGUUAAGGGCUUGUACCACAUUGAUUCAUGGUGGUUGGAUAGCACACAUGGUACGUGUGUACCAUUCCGUUCCAGUGUUACCAGAGGGUGUUGCUCUUGUAUUUUCAUGGCAUGUUGCUGCUGCAUCAACAGUAACACUGUGUGUAGUGGCUGUGACAAGAAGCUGUGCACCAAGACUCUUAAUGGAUGGACCACCAGAGAUACCCAUAUAUGAUUACUGUCAAGAACCAGAUCAUAGAAUGUGAACCUCUCAUAAAAAAGUGUCAAAGGCAAUUUCACUUUGUGCAGAUAUGUUUAUUCCUAUGCACAAAGGUAAUAUUUUUAGAGUAGUAUAUUACUAAAAAUGUAGUGCCAAAUAAUCAAAAUGC